GCCGCCGACACCGCAGAUCCGAUUCGCUACAUUGUCGCAGCUCUUUCCUCGUCUUCACGCGCAUCGAUCCCUUGUUUUCUAUUUCUCUGCUAAAACCAGGGUAACGAAAAUGGCCAUUCUGGCCCGGACGCCCGACAUUUUAGGUGAACGCCAGUCCGGCCAAGACGUCCGCACUCAAAACGUGGUGGCUUGUCAAGCUGUGGCCAACAUUGUGAAGUCCUCGCUCGGUCCUGUUGGUCUUGACAAGAUGUUGGUUGAUGACAUUGGUGACGUAACGAUUACUAAUGAUGGCGCUACAAUACUCAAGAUGUUAGAAGUGGAGCACCCAGCUGCUAAGGUAUUAGUGGAGUUGGCUGAGCUUCAGGACAAAGAGGUCGGAGAUGGUACAACUUCAGUGGUCAUUGUAGCUGCAGAGUUGCUUAAGAGAUCAAAUGAUCUGGUGAGGAAUAAGAUUCAUCCAACAUCGAUAAUUAGUGGUUUCAGACUUGCUAUGAGGGAAGCUUGUAAAUAUGUUGAUGAAAAAUUAGCAGUUAAGGUUGACAAGCUCGGAAAAGAUUCCCUUGCGAACUGUGCCAAAACAAGCAUGUCAUCAAAGUUGAUUGCUGCUGACAGUGACUUCUUUGCAAACUUGGUUGUAGAUGCAGUACAAUCAGUAAAAAUGACCAAUGCCCGCGGGGAAGUUAAAUAUCCUAUCAAGGGAAUCAAUGUUCUCAAAGCUCAUGGGAAAAGUGCCAGAGAUAGCUACCUUUUGAAUGGAUAUGCAUUGAAUACUGGUCGUGCUGCCCAAGGAAUGCCUGUUAGAGUUUCGCCUGCAAAGAUUGCAUGCCUUGACUUCAAUCUUCAGAAGACUAAAAUGCAAUUGGGUGUCCAAGUUGUCGUGACUGAUCCAAGGGAGCUGGAGAAAAUUCGACAAAGGGAAGCUGACAUGACAAAAGAACGUAUUGAGAAGAUACUGAAGGCUGGGGCCAAUGUUGUUCUGACCACAAAAGGGAUUGAUGACAUGGCACUCAAGUAUUUUGUGGAGGCUGGUGCAAUUGCUGUGAGACGUGUGCGGAAAGAGGAUAUGCGUCACAUUGCCAAAGCAACGGGUGCAACCAUGGUUUCAACAUUUGCGGAUAUGGAAGGAGAAGAAACAUAUGAUUCAUCCUUUCUUGGACAUGCAGAAGAAGUUGUAGAAGAGCAUAUUUCUGAUGAUGAUGUGGUUUUGAUUAAAGGGACAAAAACAACUAGCGCGGUUUCUUUGAUCCUUCGAGGUGCGAAUGACUAUAUGCUUGAUGAGAUGGAGAGAGCUCUUCAUGAUGCUUUAUCAAUUGUCAAGAGGACUCUUGAAUCCAACACGGUGGUAGCGGGUGGUGGUGCGGUUGAGGCUGCCUUAUCUGUGUACUUGGAGUAUCUAGCAACGACACUAGGAUCCCGUGAACAGUUGGCUAUUGCAGAAUUUGCCGAGUCGUUAUUAAUUAUACCAAAGUCAAUGCUUGCAAAGGAUGCAACCGAGUUAGUUGCAAAACUACGGGCUUACCACCACACUGCACAAACUAAGGCCGACAAGAAGCAUUUGUCGAGCAUGGGAUUAGAUCUAUCUAAAGGAACUAUCCGGAACAACUUAGAAGCUGGUGUCAUCGAACCAGCAAUGAGCAAAGUAAAGAUAAUACAGUUUGCAACUGAAGCAGCUAUAACAAUUCUUCGAAUUGACGAUAUGAUCAAGCUUGUCAAGGAUGAAAGUCAGAAUGGAGAGGACUAGGAAUUUUGGUUUGUUUAAAUGGUACUUGAAUGGCGCCCACCAUGGGGUGGAGGAGAUGCCAUCAAGCAUUGUCCUCAUUUUUUUUUUAUGGGUUCUUUGUCUGUGUAUGUUGAUGUUAGUAGUUGUAUCUUAACCUGGGGAGGAAUUUUUGAACAGAGAUGGUUGAGCAUUGCUCGUCUUACUUUUCUGCAGCAGAGCGCCGUUAUGGAAUUUGAGUGCACUUAUCAUUUUACCAAAAGAA